AUGCAAAAUAUUCAAUUGGUUCGAGAAUUACAUAGAGCUGGCCACUAUAUCAUAAUUCAAACAGCUCGUCGAAUGAAGACUCGUNUUUAUUUUACACCUAAUAAUAUUUUAUUAUUAUUAGGAUAUUUAAAUGUUAUUGAUACACCAAAAGAUCUUAUUCUUUUGAGAUUAAUAAAUAAAAAAUUUGUUAUUCAACAAAUUACUAAUGGACAUAAUACAUUUCAAUAUCAUUUUACUGAUGAAGUUUCUUUUUCAAAAUAUAAAGUAAGAAUGAAAAAUAUAAUUUUAUUAACUUCGACGAGAAAAAGUCGAGUCUCAGUCGUUCCAUAUCAAUAA